AUGCUGGAGGUCCUGGUGCUGAAGAUUGAAGAUCCAGGUUGCUUCUGGGUUAUUAUAAAAGGAUAUAGUCACUUUGUAGAUAAUGAAGUUGACUAUCAGAAACUAAAUAGUGCCAUGAAUGACUUCUAUAACAGCAUGUGUCAAGACGUAGAAAUAAAACCAUUAAUGUUGGAAGAAGGGCAGGUUUGUGUGGUAUAUUGUCAGGAGCUGAAGAGCUGGUGCAGGGCUGUUAUUAAGUCAAUCAUCUCCUCAGCAGACCAUUACCUGGCAGAGUGCUUCCUUGUGGAUUUUGCCAAGUAUAUUCCAGUAAAAUCAAAACAUAUCCGAGUUGCAGUAGACUCUUUCAUGAAGCUUCCAUAUAGAGCGAAAAAAUUCCGACUUUAUUGCACAAAACCUGUUACACUGCACAUUGACUUCUGUGAAGAUAAUGCUGAAAUUGUACCUGCCAAGAAGUGGGACAGUGCGGCUGUUCAGUACUUCCAGAACAUCCUAAGAGGUAAUGCUAAUGUGGAAGCCAAACUAUGUGCUGUGGAAGAAGACACUUUUGAGGUCUACCUGUAUGCAACAAUAAAAAAUGAAAAGGUUUGUGUUAAUGACGAUCUUGUUGCAAAGAACUUCGCUUAUUAUGCGUCACCUACACAGAACAAAACCCUUGAUUCUUUGGAGAAAUCAAGAUUCAGUAUAAAGCCAGCAUCAUUCUCCAGUAAACCGAACCCAGCCCUGACUCUGUGGCCGAUGCUCUGGCAAGGACGAGAUUUUCAAGCAGUGAAAAAUUCCCGUGGUUUAGAUUUACUGGUACAGCCUCUUCAGCAUUCCUGGUGCAAGGGUGUCGUCGGUGACCUCGGGCCAACUGCUGGAAUGCUGGACAGAGCCGUGAAAUGCUCUGCAGAUCCAUGGAGAGACCCUGCUGAAAACAAGUCAGAAAAGGGGCAGCUGGGAGUCUCCUUAAAAGACUUAAACAAGUGUCUUGAGUCCUCAGUGUACUGGCCAACAAAAAGAGGCAUCACCAUCUAUGCUGAUCCAGAUAUACCAGGAGCAAGUGCUUUAAGUCAGAAGUCAAAUGAGAAGUCACUUCGACUGGCUGAGAAAAAAAACUAUGAUGAGAAAAAUGGCUGUGUGAAGUAA